AUUUGGGAAAACAUAUCGGUUGAAUCCAUUCAAUUGCACUUUUUAUAUAUUUCAUUCGCCAAUAAAAUCAAUAAAUAGUAUUUCUAUAUUGCAUUGUUUUUUAAUCUAACUUCGUCGUACAUCUGAUCAGUGAGACAAAUAUACUUGUUUAUUGGGUUGUAUCAGUGUAUUUAUUUGUAUUUCUUGUGACACCUAUGAAUACGAUUAAGUAAAUAAUAAAAGAGGUUGAUCUUAUUAAAUUUCUUUAUUCAACAAUGUUUUUCACUAUAUUUUUGGGAAUGGUUUCCUUUCUGUUUUUAUUACACUGCUCUAUAAAAUUUCGAAGAGUAACAAGAAUUCUUGAAGUACUUCCAGGCCCAAAAGCAUAUCCAAUCAUAGGAAAUUUGCUUCAUUUUCAAGAAAAAAAUGAUAUUAUUACCAUACUUUAGAUAAACUUUUCGAAGUAUUUUGUAAAACAGACAAAGAAUACUAUCCAAUUUAUAAAAUGUGGAGCUUUUUUAACACAACUGUAGUUCUACUUCAUCCGGAAGAUAUCGAGGUACUAAUGAGGAGUCCUAAACACAUAACAAAAAGUGCCUUUUACAAAUUCUUAAAACCAUGGCUAUCGACCGGAUUGUUAACAAGUACAGGAGCCAAAUGGCAACACCGAAGAAAAAUUUUAACUCCGGCCUUUCACUUUAAUAUUCUUAAACAUUUCAUAGUCGCAUUAAAUAAUGAGGCGCAGUAUCUUGUAUCAUUAGUGAAAGAACAAGGAAAGGGAAAUCCAAUUAUUCAGAAUCUAGAGGAACUUAUGACCGAACAUACGUUAAAUGCAGUAUGCGGUAAGUGAAAGAGAAAAUAUUUUUGAAGUGAAAAUAUCUUUAGAAUGAGGGUGACUUGAAAAUAAGCGAACGCGGAAACACGGCGAUGAAACGUCCACGAUACUAAGUAAGAAGAGAAAAAGAGACAAACAUAUAGGAUUGAUCCUGAGAGAGAAUGAGACAAAAUAUAACUAUACAGUUUUCCUAUUUUCUGUCUUCUUUUUAUGCGCUGUUUCGUAAUCCCCACUCCUGGCUACUAAGCUUCGUGUAUGUGAGUAUGUGUUGUGUGCAAAUGCAUAUUACGAAGCGUAGACUCAUAUUAUUUCACUGAGAACCCAGAGCAGAUAUUUUUAAGAAGUAGAUAAAACUUUAUAAAUUUAUAUGUGUUCGUUAGGGUUACAUACCGUACAUACAGUGUAUAGUAAUUAGCUUUCUAAGUACAGCCGUUUUUGAGAAAAUUAGGGUUAAAGAUUUAUUAAUAUUACAAUAUACUAUUUCUUUAAAUUUAAUAUUAUCCACAGUUGUAGCGUAGCUGUAUUACCAUAGAUUCGUAAUAGUCCAGUCAAAAUAGCUCCGAAAUCGGGUUUUUUAGCUAUACGGCUGAAAAAAUAUGGAAAUUAUCAGAAAAAUGCGUACAAAACUGUGGGCAAAGUAAAAAAGUUC